GCAGAGUGACAACACCUGUGCGACUCGACGGAGCUGAACGCUGAUCGGCUGCAGGGUCGUUUCUCUGCCGGAUUCGCUCCCUCGGAGUGUGUAAACUUUAUUUUAAUUAUCUGCUGAACGUGUCAAAUGAAGCGUUUAACAUCAGCGAAGACGGCGCUGAUGUGUAGAAAACGCGCAUCUGUUCUCAUCUUAUUUUAAGCCUUUUUUAAACGGAGUUCUGAACUGACAAAUCUUUCCGACCGCAGAGCUGUAAAAUGGGCCAAACUUCAUCCCCCGGGGUCGAACGCCGCGUGCUCGGCGACUUAAUAUUUCAGGUGAUAGAUGACGUCAGGUUUAACGUAAACGUGACGGACUGCGCAGCCUCCUCUCAGAGGAGGCAGGGUUUGACUGGACUACAAAUAUUGUGGAUCACAAGACCUUGUUACCAAAGACGUUGCGCUGCCUAGACAGAUAUUUUUUACAGUGUAGUGAUCGAACCACUGAGCGGGACUGUUGAUGGAUUCAUCCACCACUAGCGACUCCCUCACCUGUGGAAAUCCUCUCCAGUCCUAAUAACUGGAGAGUAAAACAACUAAAUAACAUGAUCAAUUAGAAAUCAUUCAAGAAUAGUAAAUAAAUGUGUACGUACUAUUUUAUAAUUCAAAAUAAUGCAAUCAAUUAGAAAUAAUACGUAGAGUAAAAAAUAUAUAAAAAAUUAAUAUAGUUCAAAUCCAUUUUACCGUUUUAUCAGUAGUUUAAUAUAAAAUAUAUAACGUGAAAAAUUCAUAAAAGUUGGAAAGUAAUAAAUAUAAUAAGAAGUUGCGGCUUCUCUAAAUCUUUACCUCGAAUUUGAAACUGUUGUUCUCUGACAGCCUGUGAACGCAUCAUUCACUAACGUUUUAUUUCAUAUUUCAGUCCUCGCGCUUUUCUGCCACGUUCUCUUUUCUAAAGUGUGAAGCAUCAGGAAACUUCCGGGCUCAAACUCUCUUUUCUUCUUCGUUGUGUUUGACCCGGACACCUGAGCAGGGUCACCUGACACUUUCACUCACAACGGCCACGGUUUCCAGGUCGGGAUUAUUUGAUGUCCCACGGAGUCGUGUAUCCCUCCGCUGCUGUGUGUGUGUGUGUGCGUGUGUGUGUGUGUGUGUGUGUGUGUGCGGGCCUGAUCCGCAUCUGUAACCGGUCCGGACUCUGGAUGAAGUCCCGCUCUGCAGCCGGUCACUUCUUGCAGUGUGGAGAGUAUUUAACGGCGGCGCGGCGCAGCGGAGCAUCAGUCCGUCUGGACGCAGAGGCAGGAGAAACCGAUCUGACCCGGGUUCAGUGCAGGGGGAGAGCGAAACCAGACCAGGAUCUUCCGGAGGAGAAGCGGCAGCACGUCGGAGUGUCACCGGAUUAUUCGCUCACACCUGGACUGCUCUCCGCCGCGCGGUGCCGCUGCUCCGGCGGAGGAUGGAGCAGAGACCAGCGGCCGGACUCCUCCGCGGCGCGGCGGCGCGUCUCUGCAGGGCGCCUCCCCUCCAGUAGCUGCAGCCCAAGUCCCGGACCCAUCAGUAUGUGAAGUCCCUCGAGCUUCACCCCGUGUGUUUAUUCUCUCCAAAGAGUUUUACGCGCCGCGCGUAAAAAGCGAGCGGAUCGCUUUUACGCACAGACAGUUGGCGCAGCGCGCGACCGCCGUCCCGACAUGUUCUCCGAGGUGAGCGACGUCAACCUGACCUCCAACCUGAGCGAGCCGCCGGCGUCUCUGGAGCAGGGCUGGAGCGACACGCCGCAGGAGCGGCUGUCGCGCAGCGGUCACCGCGUGGUGUCGGUGUUUCUUGGCUCCAUCAUGGUGUUCGGCUUCCUCAACAACCUGCUGGUGCUGGUUCUGUUCUGCAGGUUCAAGACUCUGCGGACCCCCGUCAACAUGCUGCUGCUCAACAUCAGCGUCAGCGACAUGCUGGUCUGCCUCUGCGGCACGACGCUCAGCUUCGCCUCCAGCCUGCGGACCCGCUGGCUGUACGGCCGACACGGCUGCAUGUGGUACGGCUUCGUCAACUCCUGCUUCGGUAUCGUGUCUCUGAUCUCCUUGUCCGUCCUGUCCUACGACCGGUACAGCACCCUGAUGGUUUACAACAAGCGCGCCCCGGACUACAGGCGGCCCCUGCUGGCGGUGGGGGGGUCGUGGCUGUACUCGCUGCUGUGGACGGUGCCCCCCCUGCUGGGCUGGAGCAGUUACGGUCUGGAGGGGGCGGGAACCAGCUGCUCGGUGACGUGGACGGAGAGGUCGUCUCGUUCUCACUCCUACAUCAUCUGCCUGUUUGUCUUCUGCCUCGGCCUCCCCGUCCUCGUCAUGGUGUACUGCUAUGGACGCCUGCUCUACGCCGUCAAACAGGUGGGUCGUAUCCGACGGACGGCGGCUCGUCGCAGAGAGUUUCACAUCCUGUUCAUGGUCAUCACCACCGUGGUGUGUUACCUGCUCUGCUGGAUGCCGUACGGCGUCGUCGCCAUGAUGGCCACCUUCGGCCGGCCGGGACUCGUCAGCCCCGUCGCCAGCGUCGUCCCGUCGAUCCUCGCCAAGAGCAGCACCGUCAUCAACCCCCUCAUCUACAUCCUCAUGAACAAACAGUUUUAUCGCUGUUUCCUGAUCCUGUUCCACUGUAAACACCACCUGACGGAGAACGGACACUCCUCCAUGCCCUCAAAGACCACCAUGGUCCAGCUCAACCGUCGAGUCUGUGACAGCAGCCCCGUCGCCGCCGCACCGCCGCUCAACAAACCCUGUCCGGUGGACCCGGAGGGGACCAGUGUCGUUGCGUCCGACAGAACAGACCCCGCUGAGCCGCCUGAGAUCUUCUCUUGAGGACGAUUCAAGUGACUCAAAACGGACCAAAAGCAGAAAGGUGUGACCACCAGACUGCCCCGCCCCCCCAGUGCUGUCAUGUGUCACAGUAGCUCCGCCUCCUGGAAACUCGUCGCCCCGAAGUGUCGGUGCAGCGAUCGUAACGCCCAGACGUCAGAGUGGAGGUACGGAGUCACACCUGCGUCACUGUUCUCAGUCAGUGGCUGGUUUUGGUAACAGUUUAAUUUAACUCAGCUCAUUUAGCAUUUACGGUAAAAAAAAAUAAAAAAUAAAUAACUCAAUGUGGUUGUAAGCAGAAAAGGAUUUUUUUUUUUUUUUUUAAAAUCAAUGACUUCGUCAACAUUAACAUAACUGUAAACAUAAAAAUCAGACAAGAGUUAAGUCAAGUUAUUAAGUCAAAAUAGAAAAUUUAAAAGAUGUAAUUAUAGUGAAUGAUGUGAAGACAGACUCUGCUAUUUAGGUCUAUAGGUUAAAAAACAAUCAAUCAUUCAAAGACAAGUUUAAAACAGCAAUUUAUUAAAAAUAAACAAUUAUAAACCUUUUAUGACUACAAAGUACAAAUUAGUGAGUUUAAUGAAAAAUAAAUGUAAGGAAAUUUUAAAAAGUAUUAACCUUGUGAACAGUAGCUGCAGUCAUGAUAAAAUGAUAUUAACUUUAAUUAACUUUUACCGUGUUAGAAAAUAUAUUUCAGCACAUGAAAAAAUUCGUCACAGGUGAUUAAAGGUGCUAUGGUUCAGUUUCUGCUAUCGCUACAUAGCCAACGUUAGCAUCCGUCCUCUGAACAGAGGUUCUGCUUCUUCCUCUCGUGUUGGACUGAGGACAGACCGGACGCUACAUGAGACAGGCUAGCUGGUCAGCAUGCUAGCUAGCUGGUUAGCAUGCCAACCUAAGUAGAGGAAGUGAUAGCAGUAAAACCAGAGUUAACAUUAGUGUUGCUCUGGUGAUACAAAAACUCAAUCAUAGCACCUUUAAAACUCACAACAUAGUUAAAGCUAAAUUCCAACUUUUGACAAAGUUACAUAAAAGUAACGUUUGACCGUGUUUCAUUCUCCACCUGCAGAGUGUAGCGUGACAUACGUCCGUUUACUUCCGGUCAACCGACAGUUAGUUUUGUGCAGCUUUAACAUUAGAUCGCUACGGAUCGUGUUUUUUUUAUUAAUUUAUUUUCUUUACACUCGGUGCUUUGAAAAACUACCGACGGUGACAGACGAACGCCGUCUUGUGAGCUGACUCACCCCGACAGCUCGUCUCUGUUUGACACUGUCCAGACACAAACUAACACAAGAGAUUCAAACUGAAGGCACCGACGCUAAUCUGCCCGUGGUCGCUAAAGCUAAUGGAACAAUGAUGGUGGAUGUUUAAGUUACGUUAAACGUCAGCUCUUCAAGCGCCGAGUGUCAAACUGAACCACAGCGACCUGAUGUUAAAGCUGUGAGAAUCAAGACGGACAGAAGAUACCAACUGUAAGGUGGAAGCGAAGUAAACAGACUUAAAACAUGUGACUGAAAGCAUAAAUCUGACAUUUAUGGCUCAGUUUUCCUCUGAAGUAUCAGUUAGUGUCUGAUUGAUGACGUAGGUGUAGCUAACGAUUACAGACGUUCUCCUGUUAAUAUUUUAUAAACAAUAGCAAUUGAGUUCAUCAAGAGCAAAAGUGACCUAUUGGUUGGAAUUUCAGUAUUUGCCAACUAAACAUGUUUGAUUACAGCUGUUGUUAAAUUAUUUCUCAUUGUAGCUUUAGAUAUAAAUUGAAGUAUUGGUACAUUUUAUGUGAGUUAGUUUUUCCUAUAAAGCAUCAAUAACUGGAGUGUAGUGAAUGAACAAUAAAAAAAUAAAUAAAAAGGCACGAGUUAAACUAGUCUCAUUUUGGCCUCCGUACCUGUUUACAGGUGUAUUUGAGUACGGUGAGAUAAGGUAGUCACCCGAACUCACGUUCAGAGCAGUGACACACAUGUGACUCCAUACAAACCGUGUGUCUGGACAGAAGGUUGAUAUUUUUCUAUGGUCUCUGGUUUGUCUGGUUUGUCUAACGUGUGUGUGGAGUCGUCGUAAAAAUGUUCUGUUGAGGAAACUUUGGAAUAAAGUGCUGUGA